AUGUCCAGCAAACCAAAGGCAGCUCCUACGCGUGCAUCCGCUCGUACCAAGAGCGUGACGAGUACCAUUCCGCCGGCCACCCGGACAACACGAGCUACAGCAACAAGCAGGGCAAACGGCGAUGCGCCAUCUACAGCCUCUCAACCUGUAGCAAGAAAACUGUCGAGCAGGAAACCUCUACUCAACAGAGCGAACUCGCCUGAGGUCCGGGACAUGGCCGCCGGCGGAAUGACGAUGACUGCGACAAAGGCCAAGGCUAAUACCUUGGACAUUUCGACCGAAACAGAUAGAGAGCCCAUCAAGGCGUUCCUACGUAUACGUCCCCAUCUGGGAGACUGUGAACCAUCCUCCGAGCCUUAUCUUGAUCCAACUUCUGACACUACAGUCCGCAUGACUGAUCCAUACACAUCUAACCAUUCGCGAUUAUCGAGCGUGAACCCGUCAUCUAUGUAUAAAUUCUCGCACGUUUUCCGUCCUAACACUCGACAGUCCGAAUUUUUCGAGAAGACCACACUUCCAUUGGUGAAAGACUUAUUGGACGGGCAAAGCGGGCUACUAUUUACAUAUGGUGUGACAAAUUCUGGAAAAACAUACACAAUUCAGGGUGGGUCCGAGAAAGGGAACGCCGGGAUUCUACCCAGAACAUUGGAUGUAAUUUUCAACAGCGUCGAAGGUCAGCAUGGUGAUGGUCGGUAUCGUCCAGUUCGUUUGAAUGGCGUAGAGCUUGCCGACCAUCUGUCCCAGCCGCAUUCGCAGACGUUGCGUCAAUCCUCCACCGCUCCUGCAUUAGCCGAUGUACUCGAGGAUAUGAAGGACGUCGACAUCGAUAUUGAUCCUACCGUCCUCAAGCUUGAUCGCAAUCAUGAAUACACUGUGUGGUUAUCCUAUACUGAAGUCUACAACGAAAAGGUGUACGAUUUGUUUGCUUCGGUAGACUCAGACGAAUCUUCAACGAAUACGAGCUCGUCCAGUAUUCCACGACCCACUUCGUCUUUCCUAAAACUGCCGCUGCCAUCAAGUCAAUCUCGCCCUCUGUUACUCACGCGCAAAGCGUUGUCGGUCAAGUCAUGUCCCUCAUCUGAUACCGGUUUAUCUACAUCAGAAAUUGGUGGUGUUGGGAAGUACAUUGCUGAUCUUCGACAAAUUCGAGUGCACAGUGCCGCCGAGGCGAAGGCACUCCUCCGACUUGGCCAGAUGCACCGUCGCGUCUUCGGCACGCUUGCAAACAGCCAGAGCAGCCGUAGUCACGCUCUUGUUACAAUCAAAAUUUUGCGCGUACAUCGCGGCGAGCGAAAUGACCCUACCUCAAUCCAGACUUCUCGCCUAACGCUGGUUGACUUGGCCGGUUCUGAGCGCACAAAACAUACUCAGACCUCUGGUGACCGUCUUCGCGAGGCAGGAAGUAUCAACAAGUCUCUCAUGGUUCUCGGGCAGUGCAUGGAAACUCUUCGUGCAAAUCAGCGAUCAUUGGCGCGCAGCCUGGGUACCACGGCAGGACGUGUGGAUACGCGAGAUGUGAAGAAAGGGCUCGCCAUUGUGCCCUUCCGCCACAGCAAGCUCACUGAAAUACUCAUGGACUACUUCACUGGAGAAGGCAGGGCGGUAAUGAUCGUGAAUGUCAACCCUUAUGAUACGGGUUUCGAUGAAAAUUCACAUGUCAUGAGGUUCGCGGCUCUUGCACGGGAAGUUUGCACUGUCCCAGCUACUGCCGUUCCGCGUGCACUCCCUGUACGGUCUGUCUUGGCGCGAGACAGCGUAAUCCCACAUCGAAGGAAAGUUACUAUAUCUACUGAGGGUCCUGGACGAAAGGCCAGUGAAGCACACCUUGAGGUGCUUGAAGAGGAUGAAGAGCCUGAUGAUGAAGAUGACGAUGAGCCGAUCAAUCCUCUUGUCGACGCCCUCUUCGAUGAGAUUGAAGCUCUGCGUGCACAGUUAUUUGAAGCGGAAAUGCAAUGUGCUGUCAUUGAGGCAGAGACUCGCGAGGAAGUGAUGGAGGAGAUGGAGGAGCGCAUGCGCAGCAUGGAGAAGAUGUUCAAACGACGAUUGAUGAAAGAAGUUGAACAGAAUGAAAAGAAAAUGGACGCGAAGAUUGACAUGCUGAAUCAAACAAAAGCUAGACAUGCUACUCGUUACCAGGUAGACGCAUCCGAUGAGGAUGAAGACCUACUAAGUGGUCAAGAUGAUGAGCGAGACGAACUGGAGCCGGAUAUAAAGAACUUGGCUGCAUCUCAGCGUCAUGCCUCUUCGCAACUGAGCCGAUCGACGUCGCCUCUUGCUGGCAAAGGCCGCCGGAGGACCAAGCACAGCAGCCUACGUCCCGAUCUCGACGUCGUCUCGGACUCCCAUUACAGCACUUCCGAGGAAGGAAUGGAUGUCGACGAUUGCGUGACUAGCCACGAAGGGUCUAGCGACGAGGGUACUGAGGAUGAUGACAUAAUUACCUCUCCCUCUGAAGAUUCGGACGAAUUGGAGCAUAUGCCGAGUACGAAGCCUUCUUUACCCAAGGAUAGCAAACGUUCUCUGCAGCCAUCGUCACACACACUACUCUCGAAGGCCCCCUUGCCCAUUUUUGAAGCCGAUGUCAAAGCGGGCAAGGUCGCUGCGGCCACACGGAGGUCCACCCGCAACAGCAGAACGUCUGAUAAGCUUGCCGCGCUGGAGCAUAGCCUUAACAGGCUCUCACUCAAGGAUAGCAGACCAGCGCGGGACUCGACGGCCGUCAUACCCGACAAGAAAGCACGUCAGGCAGCGGUCGCCCACGAUGCACCAGACGUUGCGUAUGUCCCACAAGCGGGCGAAACCGAUACCUUGAAGAAGAAAAAAAGACAAUUGGGCAAGAACCGUGUUGUUACGGACGACGAGAUGGCCGCAAUUAUCCUAGGAACAUCACAGGACACUGGGAAACAGAUCCGGCGUAGUGCACGGCACUGA